UUACAAAUGACGCCGUCAACGUUAUCGACGACUACACCAUCGUCACGAUUGAUGACGCCAGCUCUCACCACCAGAGCGACCAACGUUGACAUGCCAUCAUUGGCACCGGCGAUGUGCUCGGACGCAACCAGCACCACCACUCCCCUCGGCAGGCUGCGUAGCGCUAUGAGAAAUAAAAGCUACACACAAAUGAACCUUUUCUUUGAUGCUUUCCUUAUUUUCUACAGUGAUGAACAUUUGAGUGAAGAGCCAUCAACCGAGGAGCGUCGGUUAGAAUACUUCAGUGGUUGGGACGGCGCGGGAACAGCAGCGGUACUCAGCGAUGGCGGUGCAGCUGUGUGGGUAUCGAGCGGCGACCUGCGGAGGGCGCGUGCUACACUAUCAUGCGCCUGGGAAGUGCUAGAUGGUGACGAUGUUAAUCAACCAACCAUUCCUGAAUGGAUUGCGGAGCGUCUAGCCCGUUCAGGCCGCAUCGGAGCAGACGCGCGUUUAACAUCUGUCAAGGAAUGGCAAGCACUGUCCACAGACUUACAGCAAAUAGGUCUACAGCUGUUCCAUACACCUACUAUGCUGGACCAAAUAUGGAAUGAGGAACUAGACCCCGCACGUAGACGUCCAGACUUUUCCAAGAUCGUUGCUGUACUACAUAAACCCGAUUAUACAGGAGUGACAUGGCGAGACAAAGUGUCUACGGUUCGAAACGAGCUCCGUGCUAUUGGUGCAGAUGCAAUGGUGGUAACAUCGUUGGAUGAAGUCGCAUGGUUGCUCAACAUUCGCGGAAAGGACUUGCCGUACGCACCCCUCUUGAAAGCUUUCGUGAUAGUUAGCACAAGGGAUGUAAGAGUAUACGCUCCGCCUGGAAAAUUGUCCAUGCCCGUCCGGGAAGCUCUGGCGGUUUACAAUUGUUUCAACAAUAACUGUACUAGGGUAAACGACUAUACAAAUAUUUACUCCGAUUUACGAAGAGCCACAGAGAGUAAAAUUCUGAUACCUGCAUCAGGCACCUUCCAGCGAGGCGCUUCAGCCGCCAUCGCUCAAAGCGUUCCUCAAACCAAACGUAUGUUCUUGCUGUCACCGAUUAUUUACUUGAAAGCUCAAAAAAAUGAGGCCGAGAGUAAUGGUAUGAAGAAGGCGCAUUUGCGAGAUGCUGUGGCUAUGUGCACGUUGCUUAGCUAUCUUGAGGGACGGCGUGGUUCAUCACAAUCCGAGAUGUCGAUCUCCAAGACUGUGGAAGUUACACGUGAAACGCAGGCGGGGUUCGUAGGCCUAUCGAUGAAGACUCGUGUAGCGUUUGGACCUAACGGUGCGGACCCAUACUACGUCCCCACCAUACUCACAAAUAGACGUGUAUUCUCCAAUUCUACGCUGAUUAUACGCUCCGGAGGACAAUACGAUGAGGGCACGACCGUAGUAACCCGUACCCUACAUUAUGGUAAGCCGUCAAGAGACGAGACGAAGUCGUACACGACAGUGCUGCGCUCGCUGGCUGCGCUAUCCACGCUGCAGUCGCCGGCCUCACUGCCGGCUGCUCACGCCGACCCAGUCGCUAGAGCCCCAUUGUGGGCUUAUAAACAGGACUACCCUCAUCCUACCGGGCAUGGCGUUGGAGCAGCGCUUAACCGGCAUGAGGAUCCCGUAGUUAUAGAUUAUAGACAAGACGUCAUCCUGCACCCAUUCCGAGAGGGUUAUUAUAUUACUGUUGAACCGGGUUGGUAUGAAGGAAUGAAGUUUGGCGUGCAGUUAGGCAACGUUCUAGAAGUGAUUUCUAAACCCAGCGGAUACAUAGGGUUCCGUGAGGCAACAUUGUUGCCUUUUGAGCCAAAACUUAUUGACAAAAAUAUGUUAACAGAUUAUGAGAUAAACUGGUUGAACUCUUACAACGACCGGAUAAGGAAAAUAGUGGGACCAGAGCUCCAGGCGCAAGGACUCACCGAUGUAUAUUACUGGAUGUCUAAUAAGACUGUGCCCAUACAACUGCCAUCUAAAAUCAAGAAACUCAACGUGAAUUGUGCAUCAUCAAAUAGUUUUAAACAAGUAUUGGCAAUAAUAAUUUUUAACUUCGUAUUUGUUAUAGCAAUUAUUUAAAAGUUUAACCAAAUGUAAACGUACCUAUCUUAGUAAAUAGGA